UGGUGUGACCACUGCUGCUCCUUCCACGACUGCUGAAGACCCAAGAAGCACAGGAUGGAGAAGCUGCUUCUGGCUGUCCUGCUCCUCGCCUCCCUCCCAGAGGGCAUGCCACAGAAAGACUUGAGAGGGAAGGUGUUUAUUUUCCCUAAACAAUCGGACACAGCCUACGUGACCCUGAUCCCCAGGGUGAGGAGGCCACUGAAGAGCUUCACCCUGUGCCUGAGAGCCUUCACAGACCUCACUCGCACCUACAGCCUCUUCUCCUAUAGCACGAGGUCUAAAGACAAUGAGCUGCUCCUCUUUGCCAGCAAACAGGGAGAGUAUGAGCUGUACAUCGGGAACGCCAAGGUCGCCUUCAAGGUCCCCCACCUCCGUCAUGGCCCGGUCCAUCUCUGUGUCAGCUGGGAGUCUGUCUCUGGGAUUGCUGAACUCUGGGUGAACGGCAAGCCCGUGGGGAGGAAGGGUUUGAGGAGAGGGUACACUUUGGGAAGAGAUGCAAAAAUCAUCUUGGGACAGGAGCAGGAUUCAUUCGGGGGAGGUUUUGAUGCCAAACAAUCCUUUGUUGGGGAGAUCUGGGAUGUGUCCUUGUGGGAUCGUGUGGUCCUCUUAAAGAGCUUGUGUCCCUUCUGUUACAUCGGCAACAUCUUGAACUGGAGGGCCCUGACUUAUCAAGCUAAGGGCUAUGUGGUGGUGAAGCCCAGGUUGUAGGCUUAAGCCUCACUCCCUUCAGACAUGACUUGUGUUUGAUAAUGAAUAUCUACAUUGUCUCUUUGAAAUUAAAUACAUUGAUUUCAA